AUGAUUUUAAUCGAUGAGCAGAAUAAUUCAAUACAUGCAAUCAUUAAAAAUAAUAUUGCUAAAAAGUUCAAGCCUCUUCUGCAAGAAGGAAAAUUUUAUGAACUCUCUCAUUUUCAAGUGGUUGAUGGCAAUGCAUUGUAUAGACCAGUAGACAAUGACAUCAAGAUCAUGUUCACAUUGAAAACUAGCAUUAAGGAAAUAAAGGAGGUUGAUGUUGAUAUACCGCGUCAUAAAUUCGAAUUUGUUGACUACAAUAAAAUACAUGAACGCGUUAAUAAACAUGUCCAGCUAUCAGAUAUCAUUGCAAAUGUGAUUGGUGUUGGACCGAUUGAGCAACCUUGCAUCAAAGGAUCAAAUGUCUUGAUGAGAAACAUAAAUGUCAUGACUAUAGAAGGACAUGAAAUAAAGCUUACACUUUGGGGAUCAAUUGCAAAUGAAGUUGAGGAAAGCUUCUUUACUGAAAAUCCAGGCCCUUUUAUCAUAAUUGCUACAUGUUUGACUGUCAAAACUUUUAAAGGAGAGUAUAACUUAUCGUCAACAAGUGGAACAAGAGUUUAUAUUGAUUUGGACAUUCCUGAGACUGCUGAAUUCAAAGAUCAGCUGGUGGAAAAUAACCAACCAAUAGUACAAAUGCCCAAGCAAUUCAAACCACAAGUAUCAAUUGAAGAAGAGAUGAACAUCAAUAGAAGAACCAUAACUGAAAUCAAAGAAGUUAUGUGUGACUCUGAUAAUAAGGAAACAAUCUUUACCUGUGAAGGAAAGAUUAUAAACAUUGACAUAGAACGUCAUGGUUGGUACUUUAUCUCUUGCGAAGUAUGUCGUAGAAAGGUAAACUCAAAAGAUGAAUUUUUAUGGUGCGACAAUUGCAACAAAAAGGCAUGCUUCCCAAUCCCAAGGUAUAGAAUUCAAUUAAAGGUUAAAGAUAGCUCAGGAAUGGCCACAUUCAUUUUAUUUGAUUCAGAAGCAGAAAAAUUACUCAACAUAUCAGCCAAAGACCUUUUGAAUAAAUCUUUAGAGGAGCCCGAUGAAGUCAUCCUUCCUGUGCAAAUAGAAAAUCUAAAAGGAAAACAAUUUGUUUUCCAAAUACAACUAAAUAACUAUAAUCUCAACUAUGGAUGGGAAUUCUUCACUAUCAAGAAACUUUUCGACUCUUUUGAAGAAACUGACAAAGCAAUUCAGAUUGAUAAAAUGACAGAAGUUUACAUCAGUGAUACUUCAAAUGAAUGUAGCAACAACUUAUCAAUUGAAGAAGAUGGUGAUUGUACAACAUUUCAAAAACUUGAUGUUCAAACCAAUGUGCAGCUCACACCAACAUCUGUACUCAAGGAAAAUAAAAGGGCAUAUUUAGGGACUACUACAAAGCAACAAAGGAAGAAGAUACAAAAAAAACUUUAAAGUUGUCUUUCUAUCUCUAAGAUUUUCUAUGCACAAUUUGGUUUUAAUGAAUUUGUGAUUUUGAUACUAGAGACGUAUUGGAAC